AUGGCCGUCGCGACGGGUGCAGCCGGCAACAGCCCACGCAGCCUGCCUGUUUUCCAACGGGCCGAAUCAGAUCUCCCCCAAGCUCGACGACGUCCAUUUACUGUUCACUGGCAUCGAGCUCUCCGCUCCUUGCUCCAUGUGGUGGCUUUGGUGUUUAUUAUCCUGGUGAUGAUCGGGAACGUGGCCAACAAACCGGUCCUGCGCAGCACAUACUUCCUUUACCUCGACCUUUCCAACGUCAUCCCCCUGUCGGUACCCAAUGCAGUCUUGAUCAAUUCCAUUGCUCAGUCGAUUGGUUUGCACGAUUUCUACACGGUCGGGCUCUGGGGAUACUGUGAGGGUUACAAUAGUCAAGGUUUCACAGAAUGCUCCGACCCCAAGGCCCUCUAUGCCUUCAAUCCAGUCAAGAUUCUUCUGUCGGAGCUGUUGGCGGGCGCUAGUAUUGCUCUACCCAGCGAGAUUUCCGGACCGUUAGACCUCGCCAAGGUCGCAUCGCAUUGGAUGUUCGGCCUAUUCAUGGCCUCGGCUGUUUUGAAUUUUAUCAUGAUUUUCCUCAGCCCCUUGGCCGUGUCCUCGCGCCCCCCGCAAGCGAUCAAAUAUCUGAAAGAUCAUGAGUUAGCCUCCUCGGUGCAGCUACCUCAUCGGCGGCAAAGAUUCGUGUGGCUCCGCUCCUUUCCCUUUGUGAUCCUGUCAUUCUUCACUGCGCUAGUCACGGUCGUGGCGGCGGUCAUCGCGACAGUCAUGUUCAACAUUUUCGCAAACGUUUUCUCCAAUGCGGAUCCCAAUCUGAACAUCCGAGCCCAUGUCGGCAUACAGAUGAUGUCAUUUGUCUGGGUUGGCACAGGAUUCAGUCUCAUCGCCUUCAUCCUCCAACUUGGCUCAUGCUGUGCUGCCUGCUGCGGUGGCCGUAGGGUUCAAAAGCGACUUCGGGCCCAGGGAAUCAACACGCACGAAAAGAGGUCUCCUUCCAGCGACCCGGAGACGUCGGAAGCUUCUCAAGUCGGAGCAAAAGACUGA